AUGCGCUUGCUUAUUUUAUUUAUUUGUUACGGAUUUUCUGGUUGCAUCUUUCAACCACCUUCCCGCCAUUUUUCUAACUAUCCAUCUUCACUCUUCCACUCUCUUUGUCUCUAUCCGUUUAUAUAUUUCAUCUCGCUCUUGAGUACUUGCUUUUUCUUUUAUAUUUCUGCUCUCUCUCUCUCACUCGCACACACACAUACUCUCUCUCUCUCUCUCUCUCUCUCUCUCUCUCUCUCUCUCGCUUUAAUUACAUUAAGUUUAUCUUUCCCAUUUUUCUUUUUAUUGCCCUUUUUCCAUAUUUAUGUUUCUCUCUCUUUUUUUCUAUUUCUUUCUUUCUUUCUGUUUUCUUCGUUCAUUUAUUCUCUUUUAGACAUCGUUUUCUUUAGCGGUCUUAUUUCUUACUAUUUCCUCAUAUCUUAUACUUUAUUCACUAAAUCCUUUUCCGUUUUCUUCUCCCAGACGCUUUCCUUUGGUUACAUAUUAUUGUUCCGUUUUAAUAAUCUCGGAUUUUCUCUGGUUCUCUCUCGUUCAUUUUCUUUUGUUCUUAUGCAUUUUUGCUCUUCUUUUCUUCUUUUCUUCUCCUCUUUCCUUAUACAUUUCUUUCUUUUGCUCUUCGUCUCACUUUCUAAAGCUAUCAUCUCUCGUCUUUCAUUUAUCUCUUUUUUAUAUUUGAUAUUUUUUGUCUUUGUUUUGACAUCUGUAUCUUUCUCUCUUUCUCUUUCUACAUUGAUCCCUUUUCUCUCGUUCCUUAUAGAUAUUAACUUUUUACUCUCUUUCACUCAUAACGGCAUCUACAUUGGUACGACUGGAUUGCAACACAGCCAAAACAUUCCUCUCUCACUUCUCUCUUUCCCUCUACUAACUUCCUUUUCCCCCCUAUUACUCUCCCAUUCACGAUUUUCUAUGCCUUUCAUUCUCACUCCCACUUUCAAUUCAACUUUUUACAUCAAUUUUUCUCUUGAUACACCUUCCUCUCUUUCUUUCUCUCCAUUUUUCUUCUCUUUAUUUCCUGCUUUUAUUCAUUUUCUUUCUGCUUCUUACCUGUGA